AUGACAGACCUCUUAAGAAGUGUUGUCACUGUCAUUGAUAUAUUCUACAAAUACACCAAGCAAGAUGGAGAAUGUGGCACACUGAGCAAGGAUGAGCUAAAGGAACUUCUGGAGAAAGAGUUUCGUCCAAUUUUGAAGAAUCCAGAUGAUCCAGACACAGUAGAAGUCAUCAUGCAUAUGCUGGAUCGAGAUCAUGACCGAAGACUAGACUUUACUGAGUUUCUUUUGAUGGUAUUCAAACUGGCUAUGGCCUGCAACAAGGUUCUUGGAAAAGAAUACUGUAAAGCUUCAGGGUCAAAGAAGCAUAGACAUGGUCAUCAACAGCAAAAGGAAGAAAGUGAAACAGAAGAGGAAAAGGAGACACCAAGACAGAAAUCAGGUUUGAGACAUUCAAGUUGGAGUGAGGGAGAGGAGCAUGGACAUAGUUCUGGGAGCUCAUCGGGUACUGGAAAACGUAGACGUAGGUCCAACUCUAGGUGGCUGGAAAGGCAAGGUGAAUUCUCCAGCUCAGAGGAACUUAGGAAAAAACACCAUGGGUCUAUCUCUGGUCACUCUUGGAGAAGUAACAAAGAGAGACAUGGUUCGAGCUCUGAAGAAUUAGAAGGUAAAAGAAACAACUCACAUGGUAGGUCCUCCAGUGAGUCUGGGGAAGAAUAUGAAUCUGGAUCUAGGUUAAACAGUCAGGGAAGAAAAGGUAAUAGUGGAUUUUUACAUGGACUGGAGAAGAACAAACAUAAAUCAAAUUCUACUCAGUCAGGAAAGGCUGAAGAACAAAAGCUUGGGCCUAGCUUUGCAACUUCAGGAAACAGUAAGAUACAAAGUCAUACAUGUGGUUACAGCAAUUCUGGUGGAUGUUGUAAGCCACAAAAUGCUUCAAGUUCUUGUCAGGCAAGUAGCUCUGGGUGGCAAGGAAAUCAAUCUUGCUGUACCCAGUCAAGAUGUCAGUCAGGAACUAGCAGAGGACAAGGCUAUGGAUGUGUCUCAGGAGGUCAGUCCUCUAGAUGUUGUCAACCUGAACAUAGAUCCUGUAGCCAGUCUUCUAGUCAGAGAGGGUAUGGAUCUAAACAAUGUGGUCAACCUCAGAAUUGUGGAAGUCAGCAGAGGAUGGGCUCAUGUCAUUCAUCAUGCUGUGGGUCUGGAGCAACUCAAUCUUCUAGUUAUGAUCAACAUGGAACCAGGUCCUGUGGACACCCUUCAAGCUCUCAUCAAAAGGGAUGUAGUUCGAAUGAAUUUUCCAAGUGUGGCCACCAUGGGUCUGGUUCACGGAAGUCAUCAUGCUGUGAACAACAUGGAACAAAUUCAAGGCAGUCUUCUGGCUUUGAACAACAAGGACAUGGAUCAGGUCAGUCUUGCUGUGGACAACAUGGUACUACCUCAGGUCAAUCCUCAGGUUGUAGUCAACAUGGAUCUCACUUGGGUCACUCAUCUGGUUUGGGGCAGCAUGAGUCCGGUUGUGGUCAGUCUUCAAGCUCUGGACAUCAUGGGUCAUCAAGCUCAGGUCAGUCACCAAAUUCUGGGCAUCAUGGGUGUGGUUAUGGUCAGUCAUCUAGCUCUGUGCAACAUGGAUCUGGUUCUGUCCAGUCACCAAGUUCUGGGCAGCAUGGGUCUGGUUAUGGUCAGUCAUCUAGCUCUGUGCAGCAUGGGUCUGGUUCUGUCCAGUCACCAAGUUCUGGGCAGCAUGGGUCUGGUUAUGGUCAGUCAUCUAGCUCUGUGCAACAUGGGUCUGGUUCUGUCCAGUCACCAACUUCUGGGCAGCAUGGGUCUGGUUAUGGUCAGUCAUCUAGCUCUGUGCAGCAUGGGUCUGGUUCUGUCCAGUCACCAAGUUCUGGGCAGCAUGGGUCUGGUUAUGGUCAGUCAUCUAGCUCUGUGCAGCAUGGGUCUGGUUCUGGUCAGUUACCGAGCUCUGAGCAUCAUGGGUCUGGUUCUGUUCAGUCACCAAGGUCUGGGCAGCAUGGGUCUGGUUAUGGUCAGUCAUCUAGCUCAGUGCAGCAUGGGUCUGGUUCUGGUAAGUCACCAAGUUCUGGGUAUCAUGGGUCUUCAGGAUCCAGACAGUCAUCUACAUUUGGGCAGCAUGAACAUGGCCCAGGUGAGUCAUCACAGAAUGAGAAGCAUGGGUCAGGUUCAGGUGUAUCAUCUAAAGCAGAGAAACAAAGGCCUAGAUAUGGUCAGUCAUCUGCAACUGGUACAAAAGGGUCAGGAUAUGAGGAAUUUCAGCAUACAAAGUCGAAAUCAAACAUUGAUGGAAAACAGGGAUAUUCACAGGAGCAGUCAAGAGACAGCAGGACACAGGCUCAGACUAGGCAUGAACAGGCCUCACAAUCAACAUCUGGGAGAAGUCCCAGAGGGACACCUGUUCAUUCUGAGUCCAGUGAGGGUGAGGAACACUCAGGAGUCUCACACAGAAACUCAGGAUCCACUCAAGGUCAUGGUGGAGUUCAGCAUAGGGAGUCGGGGUCCCCAAGUCACGGACCACGGGAUCAUCCUCAAAGGGAAUCUAGGGACAGCACUAGACAGCCUCAGUCUGGACAUCAACAGCCCUCACAUUCAGGAUCAGGGAGAAGUCCCAGAGGGGCACCUGUUCAUCCUGAGUCCAGUGAGGGUGAGCAAAACUCAGUAGUCUCACACAGAAACUCAGGAUCCACUCAAGGUCAAGGUGGAGUUCAGCAUGGAGAGUCUGGGUCCCCAGGUCAUGGAACACAGGGACAUCCUCAAAGACAGUCUAGGGACAAUACUAGACGGCCUCAGGCUGGUCAUCAACAGCCCUCACAUUCAACAUCUGGGAGAAGUCCCAGAGGUGCACCAGUUGAUCCUGAGUCCAGUGAGGGUGAGCAACACUCAGUAGUAUCCAGGAGACACUCAAGAUCCCCACAAGGUCAUGGUGGAGUUCAGCAUGGAGAGUCUGGAUCCCCAGGUCAUGGAACACAGGGACAUCCUCAAAGGCAGUCUAGGGACAGUACUAGACAGCCUCAGGCUGGUCAUCAACAGCCCUCACAUUCAGGUUCAGGGAGAAGUCCCAGAGGGGCACCUGUUCAUCCUGAGUCCAGUGAGGGUGAGGAACACUCAGUAGUAUCCAGGAGACACUCAAGAUCCCCACAAGGUCAUGGUGGAGUUCAGCAUGGAGAGUCUGGCUCCCCAGGUCAUGGAACACAGGAACAUCCUCAAAGGCAGUCUAGGGACAGUACUAGACAGCCUCAGGCUGGUCAUCCACAGCCCUCACAUUCAGGUUCAGGAAGAAGUCCCAGAGGGGCACCUGUUCAUCCUGAGUCCAGUGAGGGUGAGGAACACUCAGUAGUAUCCAGGAGGCACUCAGAAUCCACUCAAGGUCAUGGUGGAGUUCAGCAUGGAGAGUCUGGCUCCCCAGUUCCCAGUACACAGGGACAUCCUCCAAGACAGUCGAGGGAUAGCACUAGACAGCCUCAGGCUGGUCAUCAACAGCCCUCACAUUCAGGUUCAGGGAGAAGUCCCAGAGGGGCACCUGUUCAUCCUGAGUCCAGUGAGGGUGAGGAACGCUCAGUAGUAUCCAGGAGGCACUCAGAAUCCACUCAAGGUCAUGGUGGAGUUCAGCAUGGAGAGUCUGGCUCCCCAGGUCAUGGAACACAGGGACAUCCUCAAAGGCAGUCUAGGGACAGUACUAGACAGCCUCAGGCUGGUCAUCAACAGCCCUCACAUUCAACAUCUGGGAGAAGUCCCAGACGUACACCUGUUCAUUCUGAGUCCAGUGAGGGUGAGGAACACUCAGUAGUCACACACAGACACUCAAGAUCCACCCAAGGUCAUGGUGGAGUUCAGCAUGGAGAGUCUGGCUCCCCAGGUCAUGGAACACAGGGACAUCCUCAAAGGCAAUCUAGGGACAGUACUAGACAGCCGCAGGCUGGUCAUCAACAGCCCUCACAUUCACGUUCAGGGAGAAGUCCCAGAGGGGCACCUGUUCAUCCUGAGUCCAGUGAGGGUGAGGAACACUCAGUAGUAUCCAGGAGACACUCAAGAUCCCCACAAGGUCAUGGUGGAGUUCAGCAUGGAGAGUCUGGAUCCCCAGGUCAUGGAACACAGGGACAUCCUCAAAGGCAGUCUAGGGACAGUACUAGACAGCCUCAGGCUGGUCAUCCACAGCCCUCACAUUCAGGUUCAGGGAGAAGUCCCAGAGGGGCACCUGUUCAUCCUGAGUCCAGUGAGGGUGAGGAACACUCAGUAGUAUCCAGGAGGCACUCAGAAUCCACUCAAGGUCAUGGUGGAGUUCAGCAUGGAGAGUCUGGCUCCCCAGUUACCAGUACACAGGGACAUCCUCCAAGACAGUCGAGGGAUAGCACCAGACAGCCUCAGGCUGGUCAUCAACAGCCCUCACAUUCAGGUUCAGGGAGAAGUCCCAGAGGGGCACCUGUUCAUCCUGAGUCCAGUGAGGGUGAGGAACACUCAGUAGUAUCCAGGAGACACUCAGAAUCCACUCAAGGUCAUGGUGGAGUUCAGCAUGGAGAGUCUGGCUCCCCAGGUCAUGGAACACAGGGACAUCCUCAAAGGCAGUCUAGGGACAGUACUAGACAGCCUCAGGCUGGUCAUCAACAGCCCUCACAUUCAACAUCUGGGAGAAGUCCCAGAGGUACACCUGUUCAUUCUGAGUCCAGUGAGGGUGAGGAACACUCAGUAGUCACACACAGACACUCAAGAUCCACCCAAGGUCAUGGUGGAGUUCAGCAUGGAGAGUCUGGGUCCCCAGGUCAUGGAACACAGGGACAUCCUCAAAGACAGUCUAGGGACAGUACUAGACAGCCUCAGGCUGGUCAUCAACAGCCCUCACAUUCAACAUCUGGGAGAAGUCCCAGAGGUGCACCUGUUCAUUCUGAGUCCAGUGAGGGUGAGCAACACUCAGUAGUAUCCAGGAGGCACUCAGAAUCCACUCAAGGUCAUGGUGGAGUUCAGCAUGGAGAGUCUGGCUCCCCAGUUCCCAGUACACAGGGACAUCCUCCAAGACAGUCGAGGGAUAGCACUAGACAGCCUCAGGCUGGUCAUCAACAGCCCUCACAUUCAGGUUCAGGGAGAAGUCCCAGAGGGGCACCUGUUCAUCCUGAGUCCAGUGAGGGUGAGGAACACUCAGUAGUAUCCAGGAGGCACUCAGAAUCCACUCAAGGUCAUGGUGGAGUUCAGCAUAGAGAGUCUGGCUCCCCAGUUCCCAGUACACAGGGACAUCCUCCAAGACAGUCGAGGGAUAGCACUAGACAGCCUCAGGCUGGUCAUCAACAGCCCUCACAUUCAGGUUCAGGGAGAAGUCCCAGAGGUGCACCUGUUCAUCCUGAGUCCAGUGAGGGUGAGGAGCACUCAGUAGUAUCCAGGAGGCACUCAGAAUCCACUCAAGGUCAUGGUAGAGUUCAGCAUGGAGAGUCUGGCUCCCCAGGUCAUGGAACACAGGGACAUCCUCAAAGGCAGUCUAGGGACAGUCAUGGAACACAGGGACAUCCUCAAAGGCAGUCUAGGGACAGUACUAGACAGCCUCAGGCUGGUCAUCAACAGCCCUCACAUUCAACAUCUGGGAGAAGUCCCAGAGGGGCACCUGUUCAUCCUGAGUCCAGUGAGGGUGAGGAACACUCAGUAGCAUCCAGGAGGCACUCAGAAUCCACUCAAGGUCAUGGUGGACCUCAGGCUGGUCAUCAACAGCCCUCACAUUCAGGUCAUGGAACACAGGGACAUCCUCAAAGGCAGUCUAGGGACAGUACUAGACAGCCUCAGGCUGGUCAUCAACAGCCCUCACAUUCAGGUUCAGGGAGAAGUCCCAGAGGGGCACCUGUUCAUCCUGAGUCCAGUGAGGGUGAGCAACACUCAGUAGUAUCCAGGAGGCACUCAGAAUCCACUCAAGGUCAUGGUGGAGUUCAGCAUGGAGAGUCUGGCUCCCCAGUUCCCAGUACACAGGGACAUCCUCCAAGACAGUCGAGGGAUAGCACUAGACAUCCUCAGGCUGGUCAUCAACAGCCCUCACAUUCAGGUUCAGGGAGAAGUCCCAGAAGGGCACCUGUUCAUCCUGAGUCCAGUGAGGGUGAGGAACACUCAGUAGUAUCCAGGAGGCACUCAGAAUCCACUCAAGGUCAUGGUGGAGUUCAGCAUGGAGAGUCUGGCUCCCCAGUUCCCAGUACACAGGGACAUCCUCCAAGACAGUCGAGGGAUAGCACUAGACAGCCUCAGGCUGGUCAUCAACAGCCCUCACAUUCAGGUUCAGGGAGAAGUCCCAGAGGGGCACCUGUUCAUCCUGAGUCCAGUGAGGGUUCUGGGAGAAGUCCCAGAAGGGCACCUGUUCAUUCUGAGUCCAGUGAGGGUGAGGAACACUUAGUCGUUUCCAGGAGAUACUCUGGAUCCUCAAAAGGUCAUAGUGGAGUUCAGAGUGGAGUGUCUCGGUCUCCCCUUCAUGGACGACAGUUGUCUCCUCCUGCUCACUCUGGAACAAAGUCUUUUCAGUCCUCUAGUUCUAGACACCAGUAUGAUUCUAUUCAGCAUUGGAGACAUGGCAGCUAUGGUUGUGAGGAGUAUGACUAUGGCCAGUCAGGUUAUGGACCUUCUGGAGUAAGCAGAAGUAGCAGCCCCAAUUCUAGUCCUCUGCGGUCAUCACAUAUAGCUACAAGUACACAGGUGCCAAAAUAUGGACAGUCUUUCUCUCUUUCUCACCAUGCAGUAUCCAAAGGAAAUGAAGGAAUGGAAGGAAUUUUAAAAUACAGUGAGUCUGACACUAAUCAUGGGCAUUCAAUUGACCACUACAAUUUGACUGAUUCUAGUACAACUGGAAAUUUAAUGUCUAAUCAUCCCCAAUCAUUAGUAACACUUGAACAUUCAAAUGACUAUGAUACUACAUAUGAAUACAGUGUAAAAGGAAAACAAGAAACUACUCUAAGCCAGCCAAUUGACCAUUCUGGUGUUGGCCAUAGUCAAUAUACAUCAAUUCAGGAACAUUCAGAAUCCAAUUCAUUUGGAAAUCAAUCUGGAUUUGGCACCAAUAAAAGGCAAGUGCAUAGCCAUGGCCAAUCAAGUGAUAGCUACCAGCUCUCAAGUGACAUCAGAUAUGCAAAUCAAAGAUCUUCUCCCAAUAACUCUCUUCAGAGCCUAUACUGCAUGGGAACUGAGGAGUGUAAAUAUUUACCAAGUGUAACCACAUUCAGUGAGGGAAGACUAGGACAGGAGCCAGGUUAUAAUCCAUCAGGGACCAUCAGAAAAUAUAGUCAAUAUGUAGAUGACAAGGAGAUAAGAGACUCUGAAUCCAGAGGUUACGAUGAAAAGGGGGAAAUGAACUUAGGUUCUGCCUACAUAGAUAGCAACACUCCACUAUACACAUAUGUCCAAGAACAAAGAUACCAUUAUUUUUGUUGA